AUGCCCGAAAGUCUGCCUGCUCGCGCCGUCGCUCAAGGAGGUGCUCCUGCCGAGCCGUCGACUUGUACCAUUCCACCCCAGGAAGAGUGCUUCAGAGAGGACGGGUUCCUCUAUUUUGUAUUCGAAUUUCUUCCUGGAGGGCCCCUCUUCCGGCAUAUUAGAGCCGCAGGAGCCCUUCCUCUGGAACAAGCCAAGUGGUAUGCGGCCGAGUUGGUAGAAACUCUUGAUCGGCUUCACGCAUGCGGCUGGGUACACAGAGAUAUUCAGGCGGCAAAUGUCGUUCUUACUGCGACGGGAAGGCCAAAACUCGCAGAUUUCGGAUUUGCUUUCCACAUCAAUACGCGCAGACCUCGUGCUGCGUCUUUCUGCGGUACGCGGCACGCGAUGGCGCCUGAAGUUGCUGCUCGCGCCUUAGCAAGGGAAUCGACGCCUCCUACUGACGAGGCUUUCGCGGAGGGUCCUCCUGCUACUGAGGAUCUCUCCUCUGCUAGUUCAAAGACGGUUCCUAAGCCUUGUGAUGACACAGCGCAAGGCGCUACGUCUGGCAUUGCGCAAGAGGGACAGGGGUCACCGGAGCAGAAGGAAGGGUACUUGGGGCCCCCCGUGGAUUGCACCGCCCCCUUUGGCUAUAAAGACUUUGAGAAGCACCCGUGA